UGGAUCGUGGUGUUGCGCGCAGCUCUCUGGCGGACUUGUGUCCUGCUUGACGUUACCGACACCGGUGCUUGUGGCUGACUGACAAGCGUUCAGAACUAAUACGUCCACAUUACCUCUCCUAAACCGUUUUUUAGGAAGGAGACGAAACGCUUCUUGUUGCUCUUCGCUGGACACGUGUUGUGAAUGAAUAAUCACAAGAAAGCCUCACCUGGAGUAUGCGCGCGUGAACAAGUGUGAGUGUGUGUGUGGAGGGCUCUGAAAGUGCUCGAGUGUGAGAGGUUUCUGUGGAUCAGACGGGACAAGGAGGAUCGAGGUGCCAGGGGGAUUUGGCUGCUGUAUACCGCGGACAUGUGGAAGUUUGUGCCGCUCUAGCGCAGCCACACAGUCGCCUCUCCUCCGUGCACCUUUCUGGGGGAUCCCACUCCCGCUUCUUAAUCCAUCGCACCCCCAUUAAGGAGAUCCCAAUGUAAAUUUAGGACGUGACAUUUUUAAAUCGACGAGGAGGACGGUAUCCCGCUGAGUUUGGUGAACACUUUCCAGGAUCUUUUUCAUUCUCGCUAUUUAGUGCAUCGCUUUCCACUUGCCGCAAUGCCGGGAGUCCUCAACCCAGCCGACCCGGGCCGAGCUCAGUACUUGGUGCUGAGGGUGCUGCUGGCCGUCUUGGCCGUCGCUCUGUCCGGCCGGGGCGCGGUCGGACAACCGUGUCCGACUCAGUGCUCCUGCACCGGGACCACAGUGGACUGUCACGGCCAAGGGCUCCGAAACGUGCCCAGGAAUAUACCCCGCAAUGCUGAAAGACUGGAUCUGAACGCUAACAACCUGACCAAAAUCACCAAAGCAGAUUUUGCUGGACUGAGAAAUCUGCGAGUGUUGCAGUUGAUGGAGAACAAAAUCACAACAAUUGAGAGAGGAGCCUUCCAGGAUCUGAAGGAACUGGAGAGACUGCGCUUGAAUCGGAAUAAUCUGGCUGUGUUCCCUGAGCUGCUCUUCCUGGGCACCACAAAGCUUCACAGACUUGAUCUCAGCGAGAACCAAAUCCAAGGGGUGCCCAGGAAAGCCUUCAGGGGAGCUGUGGAAAUAAAGAAUCUCCAGCUGGACUACAACCAUAUCAGCUGUAUUGAAGAUGGAGCCUUCAGAGCGUUGCGUGAUCUGGAAGUACUCACCCUCAACAACAACAACAUCAGCCGACUGUCAGUGGCCAGUUUCAAUCACAUGCCCAAGCUAAGAACCUUUCGCCUGCACUCCAACAACCUGCAAUGUGACUGCCACGUGGCCUGGCUCUCGGAGUGGCUACGGCAGCGCCCUCGUCUGGGACUUUACACUCAGUGCAUGGCCCCGCCACACUUGAGGGGGCAUAAUGUUGCAGAAGUACAGAAGAAGGAAUUUGUCUGCACAGAUGCGGAUGAAGGUUACCAGUCGUCGUCUUCGUCCUGCAGCGUGUUGCAGUGCCCUGAGUCGUGCACUUGCAGCAACAACAUUGUGGACUGCAGAGGGAAGGGUUUGACAGAAAUACCAACCAAUCUACCAGAGACAAUCACUGAGAUACGACUGGAGCAGAACGCCAUCAAGGUGAUCCCAGCAGGGGCGUUUUCUUCUUAUAAGAAACUACGAAGAAUAGACUUAAGUAACAAUCAGAUUUCAGAGUUGGCUCCCGACGCCUUCCAAGGUCUGCGAUCACUCAACUCUCUAGUUCUGUAUGGCAAUAAAAUAACAGAAAUCUCCAAAGGACUGUUUGAGGGCCUUUUUUCUCUGCAGCUAUUGUUGCUGAAUGCUAAUAAGAUAGCGUGUCUGCGCGUGGAUGCUUUUCAGGACCUCCACAAUCUCAACCUUCUAUCGUUAUAUGACAACAAGCUCCAGACCAUUGCCAAGGGAACCUUCGCGUCACUGAGGGCUAUACAGACGCUUCAUUUAGCCCAAAACCCAUUCAUCUGUGACUGCCACCUGAAGUGGCUGGCGGACUACCUGCAGGACAAUCCUAUCGAGACAAGCGGCGCCCGCUGCACCAGCCCUCGGCGGCUCGCCAACAAACGAAUCGGACAGAUCAAGAGCAAGAAGUUCCGCUGCUCAGCCAGAGAACAGUAUUUCAUCCCAGGAGUACACCAUGUCAGCUGUACGGAGGAUUACCGCAGCAAGCUAGGAGGGGACUGCUUCGCCGACCUGGCCUGCCCUGACAAAUGCCGCUGCGAGGGCACCACUGUGGACUGCUCCAACCAAAAACUCACCAAAAUACCAGACCACAUACCGCAAUAUACUGCCGAACUGCGUCUGAACAACAAUGAAUUUACUGUUCUUGAGGCCACGGGCAUCUUCAAAAAGUUACCCCAGCUCCGGAAGAUUAACCUGAGCAAUAACCGCAUCACUGACAUAGAGGAGGGCACUUUCGAAGGAGCUUCAGGGGUCAACGAGCUUAUUUUGACCUCCAACAGAUUGGAAAAUGUACAUCACCGCAUGCUGAAGGGACUCGGUGGCCUGCGCACACUCAUGCUACGGAGUAAUCGCAUCAGCUGUGUGAGCAACAGUAGCUUCGUUGGAUUGAGCUCAGUGCGACUGCUGUCACUCUACGACAAUCAGAUCACUUCCAUGAACCCUGGCGCCUUUGACACAUUGCACUCUCUUUCCACUCUCAAUCUUCUGGCCAAUCCAUUCAACUGUAACUGUCACUUGGCCUGGCUCGGUGAUUGGCUGAGAAGGAAGCGAAUCGUAACGGGCAACCCUCGGUGCCAGAGUCCUUACUUCCUGAAAGAGAUUCCCAUCCAGGAUGUGGCAGUCCAGGACUUUGCUUGUGAAGAGGGUAAUGAUGACAACAGCUGCUCUCCUGUGCUGAGAUGCCCAGCAGAGUGUUCAUGCCUGGACACGGUGGUGCGCUGUAGCAACAAGGGCCUCACCACUCUCCCCAAAGGCCUGCCUAAAGAAACCACUGAGCUGUAUUUGGAUGGGAACCACUUCACUCAGGUUCCUGUGGAGCUCUCCGAUUACAAACACUUGACACUCAUUGAUUUGAGUAACAACCAGAUCAGCACGUUGUCCAACCACAGCCUCAGUAACAUGUCCGAGCUGCUUACCUUAAUCCUGAGCUACAACCGCCUGCGGUGCAUACCAGUGAGGGCGUUCGAUGGACUCAAGUCUCUGCGUUUGCUGUCUCUCCAUGGAAAUGAUAUUUCACUCAUACCAGAAGGAGCUUUCAAAGACCUGUCUUCACUUUCACACUUGGCUCUGGGCGCUAACCCUCUGCACUGUGACUGCCACAUGCAGUGGUUGUCCGACUGGGUGAAGAGUGGCUACAAGGAGCCCGGUAUUGCCCGCUGCGCUGGGCCUGGUGACAUGACUGACAAACUCCUGCUCACCACGCCAUCCAAGAAGUUCACCUGCACAGAAGUCCUGGGUCCUUGUGGUUUUCUGGUGCCAGGACCAGUAGAUAUCAACAUCCAAGCUAAAUGCGAGCCCUGCCUGUCCAGCCCGUGCAAGAAUGACGGCACAUGCUUUAAUGACCCGGUGCACUUCUACCGUUGCACCUGCCCCUAUGGAUUUAAGGGCCAGAACUGUGAGGAGCCCAUCCAUGCUUGCAUCAGUAACCCGUGCCAAAAUGGAGGCACAUGUCAUCUAAAAGAAGGUGAAGGGAGUAGUUUCUGGUGUGUGUGCCCCGAGGGUUUUGAGGGCGAUUCUUGCGAGUUAAACAUCGACGACUGUGAAGACAACGACUGUGAGAACAACUCUACAUGCGUCGAUGGAAUCAAUAACUACACAUGCAUGUGCUCACCGGAGUACACAGCUGCUACCAAUGAGGUGGAGAGAGGGGAGCUAUGUGAAGAGAAGCUAGAUUUCUGCGCUCCCGAAUUGAACCCAUGUCAGCACGAUUCGAAGUGCAUUCUGACCCCUCAGGGGUACAAGUGUGAGUGCACUCCAGGUUAUGUUGGAGAGCACUGUGAGCUGGACUAUAACGAUUGUGAUGAUAACAAGUGCCAGAAUGGUGGUCAGUGCAUUGAUGCCAUCAAUGGAUACACCUGUGUCUGUCCAGAAGGCUACAGUGGGUUAUUUUGCGACUUGUCCCCGCCAAUGGUCCUUCCUCGCACCAGCCCCUGCGACAACCACGACUGCCUAAACGGGGCGCAGUGUGUCGUCAUGGGAACCGACCCCCGCUGCCAAUGUCUUCAGGGCUACGAGGGGGAGCGCUGCGAGACUCUCGUCAGUGUCAACUUUGUUGACCGCAAGUCAUACCUGCAGCUUCCCUCUAACCCGAUCUCACCACAGACCAACAUUAGCUUGCAGAUUGCGACAGAUGAGGACAGCGGAGUGUUGUUAUAUAAAGGUGAUAAUGAUCACAUUGCUAUGGAGCUUUACCGGGGACGCCUACGGGUCAGCUAUGAUACUGGAUCUUACCCUCCUUCUGCCAUCUACAGUGUGGAGACAGUGAAUGACGGCAGUUUCCACGCGGUUGAGUUGGUAGCAUCAGACCAGACUUUGUCACUGUCCAUUGAUGGCGGGGCACCUAAAUCCAUCAACUCCAUGAGCAAUCUGUCAACACUUAACAUCGACUCCCCACUUUACCUUGGAGGUAUGCCAGAGCGUACAUCUGCCUCCGGGGGUCUGUCAGCCCUGCAGCACAGCUCAAGUGGCCGAAAUGGCACCAGUUUUCAUGGCUGUCUCCGUAACCUCUACAUCAACGGGAAGCUCCAGAAUCUCGGCGCGGGCCUUGGCUUGGGAGCCACGGAUGCCAAGACCGCGCAGAGCACUACUCGACAGUGGCUAGGUCAAGGAGUGGAGCCUGGUUGCCAACCCUGCCAGAGAGGUGCCUGCGUCCAGGGGGACUGCCAUCCGACAGGGCAUCGUGGCUUUUCCUGCACCUGUCAUCCGGGUUGGACAGGACCACUGUGCGACCAGCAAGUUAACAACCCAUGUGAUGGCAACAAGUGUAUUCAUGGUACCUGCCUUGCCAUCAACUCCUACUCUUACUCAUGUCGCUGCCAGCCCGGAUUCAGCGGUGUCCUCUGUGAUGAGCAAGAUCAGGAAGCGACUAAUCCCUGCAGCCUGUCUCGCUGUAAACAUGGAAAAUGUAGAGUGUCCGGACUGGGCAAAGCAUACUGCGAGUGUAACAGUGGAUACACCGGAGAGGCGUGCGAUAAAGAGGUGGCCUGCAGAGGAGAACGGGUCCGAGAUGUCUACCAGAGACAGCAAGGCUACGCGGCGUGCCAAACCCAGGAGAAGGUCUCCCGUUUAGAGUGCAGGGGCAGCUGCCCGGGGGGAGCAGAAGGACAAGGGACCUGCUGCACCCCCCUCCGCAGCAAACGCAGGAAAUACACCUUCCAGUGCACUGACGGCUCCUCUUUUGUUCAGGAAGUGGAGAAAAUUGUUAAGUGUGGCUGUACAAAUUGUUCCACAUGAAAAAAAAAAAAGACUUUCUUUGCAAGAUAUGUUUUGUCUACCCACCCACCCGCCUUACUUGCUUCCCAUCUCUGCUUCUGAGAUCUUGACAAAACCCUCCAUCAGUUUUUUAAAAACCCUGAAGAAAAAAAAGAAAAGAAAAAAAAAAAGAAACCUCACAGUUUCUUCCCUUGUCAGUGCUGGACUGAUGAUCGAUGCUUCCUCGGUGGGGAUGUUGAAUUAUAUUGUAAAGUACAAAAACAGACUUAUUUUUUAUUAUGAAGUGGAGAAAAAGACAAAAAAAAGUUGACUUUUUCCUUGCAUCUACUUCGUUUCGUUGGUCAUGAAGACUCCGCCACUGUCUCUUUACCCGGAGGAUCUACCUGAUGACUUCCCAGGCGUCCUCUGAUGUCGUAGGAGAAACCUGAUUUAGUCCUACUAUAGACUCACUACUACACAAAAGAGACUGUGUGCACAAUCCUCAAAACAAUUUCAUACAGCUACUGAACAACACGCUAACAAAGAUGUCUUUGUUACCUUCCGGGUUCAAUACACUAUACUCCCCAGUCUUGAGUAUUUAUUGUAUCAUAAAUAUACCUGUACUUAUUAAGUAGGUCUUCCCCCAUGUAUCAAUUCUGAUUCUUUUAAUAUAUAUUAAUUUAUAUUUGUGCUCAUUUUUAUUUUUAAAAGACAUAAUCUGUCAAGAUAGCUGAACUAACAUAAUGGUGUCCUUUAUUUUGGUUAAAAAGCUGUUUUUUUGGAAUAUAUUGUGCUUGCCAGAGACCUUAGUUACAUUUUGAUCUGCAAAUGUGACGUGAGGACGGUGUAUAUUUUUGUCACGCUUCCUGAGAGUUUGUACUGUGCCAUUACCAGAAGGUCUUUAUAUUAGAGUAUACAAAACACAGAUCUUGUGCGUAGCAUUGACCCUAGAGGAUGCCUAGAACUGUUUUUACCUUUUUAACAAAUUUAUGCUUAAAGGAUACUGUGACUUUUUCUAAAUGAAACUACUUUGUUAGCCCCUUGGUCUCCGAUGUUUAACAUGUUGCUGCUAAGUUUUUGUACCGUAGACUUGGAUCCUGAUCUGUAUGUUAUAUAGAAAUCUCCUGCUCCGACUGUAAAGGGGCGCUUUGUGUAACAGAUAAAUAUGUCCCCCACCUCUACAUUGCAUUGUGAUUUAUAGAUCCUGUCUCUACCCCCAGACUAAUGUCAGUUCCCAGACUGAUGUUUGUUAAUUAAAAACCAAUAUUUACCUCACA